AGCGCGGUGUGUCUAUUUGUGUCGCAAGAUGCGUAGAUUCACAUAGUCGAUUGGAGUAAAACUGUGAGUCAAGCAGAAUGCAGGUUACUUUCUCGAGGAUCUGGAUCAAUAAACUAUGAACCCGAGCUCCUCCUCACGCAAUCCUUCACUUCAGCCUUCACUGAGUCAGUGCGAGAGCUAAAGACGAAUGGAAGUUAGUUGUCCUACCAUAACGCACACAGACAAUAGACUAGGUGGCUGCCUCGGCUUGAAUGUGAACUCGGAAAGAAGGUGUGGAGCAAACCUAACUUACAUCCCAAACGCAGUAUUCUUCAGUGAUGGAUGAAUUGAAUUUGUCUGCAGACACGUUUCAGCAGCUACUGGAAAGGACCACCAAAUGGCUAACGAGUGGCAUCAGAGAUUUGGACACGGGACCAACGACGUAUGUGGACUGCACGCAUGACUGCCCAGAGGGCUACGAGGCGGCGAGACAUUUAGCUCGAAGGUUGAAGGAGGACUCAGCGCCAGAGAAGGGUUUGCAGCUGGAUGAUGUGUUGGACGUGGCAUGCAAUGUAGCUCCUCACGGCGGUCUCAACCAUGCCAGUGGUGGUUUCUGUGCGUUUAUCACCGGUGGUGGUCUGUUACAUACAGCUGUGGCUGAUCUACUCAGUGCAGUUAUGAAUAGAUACACUGGUCUGUUCCUGGGCUCACCGGGUCUGGUGCAACUGGAGAGCAAUGUCAUCUCGUGGAUGGCACAAAUCGUUGGCUAUGACCCACAGAGAGCUUUCGGCUGCCUCACGUCGGGUGGCUCUAUGGCCAACUUCAUCGGCAUGUUGGUAGCACGACGUCACCAUCUGUCCGAGAAUGACCUCACGCAAGGGGUUGUCAUGGUAACCAGCGAAACACAUAGCUGCAUUCAGAAGGGGCUGAUGAUGGCUGGGAUGCCUCAGGCAUGCCUAUGCAAGGUGGAAUGUGACUCAGCAUGGAGAAUGGACCCACAGGAUCUCGAGCGUAAAAUAGAAAUGCAGCAGCAGGCCGGACGCAAACCGUUCCUCGUUGUGGCUACCUCAGGAACUACUAAUGCAGGCACUGUGGACGACAUGCGACGGCUGUCCAAAGUAUGCCAACGCCACAACAUAUGGCUUCACAGUGAUGGUGUCUAUGGUGCAGCAUUCAACCUGACCAAGCGUGGGCAAACUGUACUGGAUGGCCUGGAGGAGGCUGACUCCAUUGCCAUUGAUCUGCACAAGUCAUUCUUUCUGCCUCACGGCACGGGUAUGCUACUAACCAAGGAGAGGCGUCACUUACGACAAGCGUUCACCGUUGAUGAGAAUUCACCCUACUACCCAGACUUCGACGCCAGUGAUGUCAACUUCUAUGAGAUGUCGCCAGAACUGACGCGCAGCUUCCGUGGCAUGCGCAUCUGGUUGCCACUGAAGUUGUGCGGCCUGGAGAAGUGGAGAGCAGCACUGGACGAUCGACUGGACUGGACUGAUUAUUUCACUCGAGGCCUUCGUGGAAUGGCUGAUGCUGGCGUGCAGGUGACCACCGAGCCCAGUCUCACGCUUCUCACUUUCCGCUACGUUCCCGUGGCCACCUGUACCACUAACACAAGCAGCCCUUCCAACAAGAGAAAGAGAAGUCUGAGAGAUAACCAGACUGCGGACAGCGGACACGACUCCAUGGAGCUAGACAGCCACAGGCUACGCCACCUGAACAUAUCCCUGCUGAAAUUCAUCAAUCGUCGUGGUAACCUGUUCCUCUCACCAACAACGCUGCCAGAUGGAAAGUUUGUUAUUCGCAUUUGUAUUCUGCAUCUGCGGCUAACAAAGUCACGCUUACAAGCCGGCUUGGCAGAUGUGUCUGAUGGGGUGCGGGAGAUUGCUGCAAACCUCCACGAGCAUGUUCCACCAAGCAAUGAUGAGCCAUCAUUCAAACGAGCCAGAACGAGCCAGACAAAUGACAUGUCACCACCGCUCAGUCCUCAGCCGCUAAGCGCGCAUACUCCUAUUGACAUUGUCUAGAGGAAUUUGCACGACCGUCGAAUUGGCGUGCCAUAAGUCUGACUGCUGAGAACAUACUGAAUUUUAGUAAUGUUAGAUUGAUGUCUAUACACCAAACACCACCAAACACCAGUAGGAACGACAACAACAGUUCCUGUACACUACGGGAACGUAUGUCGGCCCCUGAGCUCUUAUAGAUCACACACUUGACUCUUGAGACACACAAUGGCUGUAAGCUAGUUUCAGUAACGUCCCUAGAGGUCACACCAUGCAGUUGAAGUAAGUACCGCAUUUCACAGUCUGUUAGGUAGACCUUGAGGCGUUUUUUGAUGUCAUCCAAUUCUUUAUACUUGUAUAUCGAUAAGCUUCAUUUCAUACGCAUCAGACAUGUCUUACGAACCGUUA